AUGUUGGUGUUCUCCGCUUUGACCAUCCCAGUCCUGGGACUCUUAACUUCGCCCUUUCUAUUUGGAAUUGCCUGUCUCCUGUUUUUGGCACCAGCAGUUUGUCGUGCCAGAAGCCUGACAGAGCCCAUUCUGUACCCUGCGACAACCUUGAUGCCGACGCGUGCUUCGCUGCUGGGACUGGACCGGGAAUCUCAACCUGCCAGGAUUUUCUACACCUUCUCUUUGUCCAUUCGCGUUGCCACUAGUUUUGUACCAAUGGUGACCAGAGAAGAUGGCUGGAUUUUUAAACCCAGAAGUACUGAGACAAAAUAUGAGAUUGUUCGUUGCUGCGAGCAGACUUAUUGGGAAGCAAAGAGUGCUUGUGAGCACCUUUGGUCAGAACACAGGUCGUGCUACGAACACGGCUAUCAAAUCUGGGAUGGCCGCUACUCUUACCGCUCUUAUUAUGGAUACGGAGAACGGUUGGCAAAUGACAAUGAUGUUCUCGACCGUUGCAAUCAGCUGCUGGAGGAUCCCGAUUGCAGCAGACGGAUGUGGAAAGUGCUGCCGUUUUGCUCUAUUAUGUCUCAGCUGCCGCCAUACCUACUUUGCAAGCUGACAGACGGCUCAUUUCGUCAUAGGUUGUUUGACUAUGUUCGUUGUAAACUUUGGGCAGAAGAAUCGCCACUGCUGGAUUCCAAUUACUGCGAAACAGCGACAAGGGUCUUUCAGAUUGGACAAAUUCCCUCUCUUGGCAUCUCAGCUUUUAGUCUGACAUUGAACAUUGUGAACCUCUCGCCCGUUUUGGCCGUUGUUCUGUUGAUGAUCUCUUGUUGUGUUUCACGCACCCGCAAUGAUGUGGAUGUUGCUGUCCGUGUGGCUGUGGAUGACGAAGUCCAAAGGCUGCAAGAAGAGCUUGAGAAAAACAAAACAGCACAACUCAGCACGUUUGCAUACGUACUUCUCCGUGUAGACCUUGUCCUCGUCUCCAUGGACAUGUUUGGUGACAUCGUUGCUGUCUUCACAUGGAUUUCUACCGGCCAUGUUUGGUUUGGUAUCUUCCAGAUCCUCGUCAUUCUUCGUGGUGUCCCAAGCAUAGUGCUAUUGCAGCGUGAGCAAGGCUUAGUGAAAGAAGUGCGAGAUUCGCUCAAGGCGAAUACGCUCACUGAUGGUCUUUACAACCUCAUGUUGCAGGAGAAGACAAUAGAGGGUGUGCUAACCAGUUUGCUGCUGGCUUAUGGGACCAUGCACACAUUUGAUAGUGAUUUGGCUUUCAGUUUAGUGAUGGCCAAGUGGGCUCUCUCCAUUCGUUCAGUGACGAACGGAUGUUUCAUUCAGUUUCACCUUGCACCAUGUGAUGUGCAGACAAGGCCCUUUCUGGAUACCUUGCCAUCAUGGCCUUUGGGCCGAAGAUAUCAUGUCGACACGGAAUGA